AUGUGCAGCGCCGACGUUUUCCUGGCCAUCCUGGCUGUUUUCUUCCCCCCGAUUGCCGUGUGGAUCAAGAUCGGUCUGUGUUCCGCCGACUCGAUCAUCAACAUCGCUCUCUGCUGUCUGGGCUACCUCCCGGGCCUGCUGCACGCCUGGUACAUCAUCCUGAAAUAUCCAGACGCCGAGGACUACGUCGACGGAUACGAGCCGCUGGACGGGUCCGGCGGAGAUGUUGAGGGCGCGCGUCGCGUGACCUAUUACUAUGUCAGUCGCCAACCGACUGCUCCCUCUCAGCCGAACAGGAGCUACGGUGCUACCAAUACCUCUACGCCUCCCCAGGUCCCAUCCAGUACCAGGCCCGUAGAUGGCGGGAACCAAGGAAGUAGCAGCAAUGGGCCAUCCGGUGAUAACCACCCUCCUACAUAUGCUGAAGCUGUCAAGGGAGACCAUAAAGUGCAGACGCAAGAAUAA